AUGUCGGGUACACACCGUCUCAAAUUUACAAUAUUUCUAGCCAAACUUGCAUCCACUCGUGUCGCUAAGGACAGGCUGUGUCAAGUUUCUCUUCUGAUCUUUCGUACUCUCUUUGAAACCCCUCGAGAACUUCGCACUGGGGAAGAGUCAGAUCAGGAAGACCUCAACAGAGGUACUAAGCAGCUUGAGGUCUUUCAUCUGUCACCAGCCGCUGUUGCUUGGCUGAAAAUAGCAAACCACAACCUCCUUUUGCUGUCAGAAGCGUAUUGGAACGACUGCCCUAGCCACAUCAGCAAGGGUGGCCAAGGAGGCCAUGAAAAAGCCCUGGAGGAGCUUGCUGCUGAUGGCAUCCAGUAUAUUAUCAACACAAUCAAGCAAAGGAAUUCUGAGGUCCUCGGGGCUUACAAGAAUGGUGGCAAUGCCCUGCAUCAGGACAAGCAACUUUCGUGCCUAAAGCCCCUUGCACAUGUUGAAGAGCCAGAGUCAUAA